AAUAAGUUACCAACCUCAACCUGCAAUGAAGCAGUGAUGCCACCAGGUCCAGUCAAUGACAAAGAAGAGGGGAUAACACCUUCCAAAUCCAUGAACAGAGGCCCUAAAUGUGACACUAUUGCUGCCACUUGUAUGGAAACCAGUGAGAAUGACCCCAGCAAGCCAAGCCUGAGGUCCAGCCCUCCUGCAGUAAUCACAGCAAUGCAAGGAGCCUCACAAAUGAGUCUGAGUGAAUUAAGAGGGCUCUGUCAGUGCGAGCAGCUGGGUGGCAGGAGGGACCCACAUGUCAGCACGUGUCCCCAGGGUACAGAAGCAGGGGAUUAUAUCCCUGCUCAGGAGGCCAAGCAGGAGCCAGGAGGUUUGGAAGCAGGUCAGCCGCAGGCUGUGAUGCAGCAAGGUAGACAGGACCCAGAUGGUGGGGAGGGUCUGCUAAUGAAAGAAGAAACCUUAAUCCUAAAUUAUCCAGCAACAGGAGGCUCAGACAGUGAAAAAUGUGGAGCAAUUGUGAACGCUCAAGGCUUCACAGACAUCAGUGAAGUCUGUAAUCUACAGAUAGGGGUUGAAACCACAGCUAAAGAGAAUGAGGCAAAUCCAGCUCUGUCUGCAAGCAAAGGGGAGCAACAGCAACCAGAAGCCUGUACUUUCAUGUUGCCUCCUAACCCUGUCCUCCUGGUACCAAAGCCUGAAGAGCCUUCGAGGGAAUAUGUGCCUGGAAAUGGCUCUCAAGAUGCAGUGAGGAGCGAAGUGGUGAAAACAGCCUCUGACAAAAACAAACCCCCUUGUCAAAGAGAGCUUCAAAAGGAGGACGAGCUUAUUAGUGCUGAGCAUUCCAUUCUGCCUUUAUCAUUUCAGCGAGAGGGAGAACAAAACUCAGCCGUCACAACUGAAAGCCCAAAAGAUGAAGCCAGUAGCAAUGAAAUUAUAAAAGCUGAGGCUGUGUCUAGAGAAAGCACCGCUCUUUCUGAAGCAGAACUUGUUAUCAAUCCCACCACUGACAAUUCCCUGUGCUCACAGCUUGCUUCCAAGGAGGAAGGCUGCUGGAAGUUAAUUGCAUGA